AUGUCCGACAAGCCGUGGCGGAGGAUAACGGUGGGAACUACGCCAAAGCUUCCCUCUGUACAUGAACGCCUUGGAGUAUUUCAAAACCCACCUCAAGAAAUUCGGGCCGUGAUCGACGAGGGCGGCUCAGGCCCCACGUCGAAUGGGGACGCUGCCGUGGCGGCCCGCCCCAAGACCAAGCCCAAGGAUGGCAAUGAUGGGGAGGAUGGGGAUAAGGAGAAACUACGGGCUGGGCUGAAUUCGGCUAUUGUCAGGAAAAAGCAUAAUGUUAAGUGGAAUGAUGUUGCGGGCUUGGAUAGUGCCAAGCAGGCGCUUCAAGAAGCUGUGAUUUUGCCCGUGAAGUUCCCCCAAUUUUUUACUGGAAACUAUGUGGAUAGAAUGGUUUUGGUGAAUAUUGCUUUAUGGUGA